AUGAGCAAUCAGUACCAGGAGGAGGGCUGCUCCGAGAGACCCGAGUGCAAAAGUAAAUCUCCAACUUUGCUCUCCUCCUACUGCAUCGACAGCAUCCUGGGCCGAAGGAGCCCAUGCAAGAUGCGACUGCUGGGAGCCGCGCAGAGCCUGCCCGCCCCACUGGCCAGCCGCGCCGACCAGGAAAAGGCUGUGCAAGGCUCCCCCAAGGGCAGCAGCGCCCCGUUCGAGGCUGAGCUCCACCUGCCGCCCAAGCUUCGGCGCCUGUACGGCCCGGGCGGGGGCCGCCUCCUCCAGGGCGCCGCGGCGGCGGCGGCGGCGGCCGCGGCAGCUGCUGCGGCAGCGGCCACGGCCACGGCGGGUCCGCGCGGGGAGGCCCCUCCGCCGCAGCCUCCAACCGCGCGGCCCGGGGAGCGGCCGGACGGCGCGGGGGCUGCGGUGGCCGCCGCGGCCGCCGCGGCCGCGGCCUGGGACACGCUCAAGAUCAGCCAGGCACCGCAGGUGAGCAUCAGCCGCAGCAAGUCGUACCGCGAAAACGGGGCGCCCUUCGUGCCGCCACCGCCCGCGCUGGACGAGCUGGGUGGCCCGGGGGGCGCCGCGCACCCGGACGAGCGCCUCGGCCCGGCCAGCGGCCCCGGUGGCGCCCAGGCGGCGGGCGGCGGUACGGGCGCAGAGGACGACGAGGAGGAGCUGCUGGAGGAUGAAGAGGACGAAGACGAGGAAGAGGAGCUGUUGGAGGACGACGAGGAGGAGCUGCUGGAGGACGACGCCCGCGCGCGGCUCAAGGAGCCCCGGCGCUGCACCGUGGCCGCCACUGGCGGGGUGGCCGCCGCCGCCGCCGCCGCCGCCGCCGCCGCCGCCGUGGCCACAGAGGGAGGCGAGCUAUCGCCUAAGGAGGAGCUCCUGCUGCACCCAGAGGACGCCGAGGGCAAGGACGGCGAGGACAGCGUGUGCCUGUCGGCGGGCAGCGAUUCGGAGGAGGGGCUGCUGAAGCGCAAACAGCGGCGCUACCGCACCACGUUCACCAGCUACCAGCUGGAGGAACUGGAGCGGGCCUUCCAGAAGACGCACUACCCAGACGUCUUCACCAGGGAGGAACUGGCCAUGAGGCUGGAUUUGACUGAGGCCCGAGUCCAGGUCUGGUUCCAGAACCGUCGGGCGAAGUGGCGCAAGCGGGAGAAGGCGGGCGCGCAGACCCAUCCUCCUGGGCUGCCCUUCCCCGGGCCGCUCUCGGCCACCCACCCGCUGAGCCCCUACCUGGACGCCAGCCCCUUCCCUCCGCACCACCCAGCGCUUGACUCGGCCUGGACGGCCGCCGCUGCCGCGGCCGCCGCCGCCUUCCCGAGCCUACCUCCGCCUCCAGGCUCGGCCAGCUUGCCGCCCAGCGGAGCGCCGCUGGGCCUGAGCACUUUCCUCGGAGCCGCUGUGUUCCGACACCCGGCCUUCAUCAGCCCUGCGUUCGGCAGGCUCUUUUCCACCAUGGCCCCCCUGACCAGCGCGUCGACCGCGGCCGCGCUCCUGAGACAGCCCACGCCCGCCGUGGAGGGCGCGGUGGCGUCGGGCGCGCUGGCCGACCCGGCCACUGCUGCCGCAGACAGACGCGCCUCUAGCAUAGCGGCGCUGAGGCUCAAGGCCAAGGAGCACGCCGCGCAGCUCACGCAGCUCAACAUCCUGCCGGGCACCAGCACGGGCAAGGAGGUGUGCUAA